AUGCCAACCGCUGACAAGUUCGAAUCACAGGACAUCUGUCACGAAGGAGCCAUUCCCGGCUUCUACAGCGAGACAUGGUUCUUCCCGUCAGACCGGAUCGGCAUCUUCGCCACUGCGAACGCAGCGAGCGCCGCGCCCUACCUGCUCGCCCUCCGCGUCUCCGAAACCUACCUCGGCUUCGAGAUCACCCCCGCGCCAUCCUCCAGCUCGUCCGGCACCAGCAUCGUGAUCGACGCGCCCAAUAACGUCUCCACCUCCGUGCUCGCCGCGCUCGCGUCCUACCUCGGCACGUACUCCAAACCCGGCUAUAGCAACUUCACGCUCUACAUUGCGCGCCCUGGCAACUUCCGGUUCCACUCUGUCCAGUUCAACGCGAACCACGCGUACACCAUCUCUUCCUCACGUCCGCCGUCAACAAUCAAGCGCGAGCGCGCCGAGGAGCAAGCCUUCCGUGCCCAGGUCCUCGAGCUCUUCGCACUCGUCGCCAAGGAACUCUACACCCUCACCUGCAUCAAGACCGUGGGUGGGCGGCGGUACCAUCUCCCGAUUCCGUCCAAGAUCGGGGCCGUCGAGUUCCCGCUCUUGCGAGAGCUCACCUACAUCGCUCUCCCAGUCGCCGACUAUCUCAAAUUCGCUCCUUUUCCCCGGUGUCAUGACGAUGGCGAGGACGUCGAUGUUUCGUCGCGCCUCUCGCUUCCGCAGCUGCGCAGGGUGCGUAUCGCGGGCGACGUCAGCUCUCAAAACCUCCUCGCGUGGGCGGCGCGGGCCCCGGGCCUCAGUCAUGUCCGAUUAGACUGCAUCCCGCCCGGGUUGCGCGGUAGGGCGAUUAUCGAACCUGCAAGCACGAUUACGACAGCCGGUGACGGUCCAGGUUCAAAGAGCGAGCCCGUGCUCACCCGGCUCAAGAUGCUCCUACUGCAGGGGUGUCCCCCGAAAACCGGGCGGAAGAGAUGCGAAACGAACAGGUUCGUGUACCGAAGCUUCACCUCGGAGCUCUGGAACGUGAGGAGCAACGCCACGGGCCCGGCGGGAUGUCGGGUUGGACUCCCAUCGCCGAAGGUGUAUAAAUGGGACGGCCACGUCCACCCGGAGGACGAGCCGCUGAGGCACUGGCUGGAGCGGAUCGAAGGGGGCGUGGGAUGUUGGGCGGUGAAGCAGUCGUGGAUGAAGGCAGAGCUGACGUUGGAUGAUGAGGUGGAUACGAGCGAGUCGGAGAGUGGGUCGGAGGAUGGAUUAGAUCUUGAGACGGACUCGGAAGAGAGCGAGGAUAGCGGAGCAGCUUGA